GAUUACAGCUUGAGGAAGAUUUAGUUGCACACUUCCUCUCUGAGAGCCUCCUCUACGUGCAAACAAUAAAUAAAGAAGCGUCUAUGGCCUCCACUCUGGACCACUGGACAUAAGAUGGAAAGGAACGAACCCACAGGAUGGGAAUAUUGUUCCCUGACCCCAUGUGGGAAGGUUUCGACUGGAAGAGGAGGACAUGCUGACACUGAGGAAAGCUUUAAAUACUCUUUUCUGAGGGGCCCAGCGGAGUGAGGAGGCAGGUGAGUUCACGUAGUGUGAAUGGGACAAGAGAGCAGGAACCAAAUGUACAGUUCAGGGAUGAACAUCAGCCCAGCGAUGGCGCCAAUGUCUCCGGGGCUGAGUGGCAGUCCACCACUGUCUUCUCAGUCACCUAAGAAGACCACCUUUCAGUCUCUGGGAUCUCUGUCGUCAGGAGUGUUCUCCCCCUCGCUGGGUAAGGACUCCCCUCAUGCAGCGAGGCAGGCCUCCUUUGACUCACCCAUCCCGUCUAUUAUGAGCUCCCCAAAACUCUGGCACAAAGCAUCUAUCUCCAGACUGGCAGAGGAGUUCUUCUGGAUCGGUGGGAGUGUGGUGGCACAACCUAAAUGGAGACUGGGUCAGAUAGUGGAGAGGUGUAUGUGCACCAUGCAGACUGGCACUCAGAUGACCAAACUGAAGGGGAAGAAGAAAGGACUGGUCCGAUUCUUUUACCUAGACGAGCACAAGUCCUGCAUCCGGUGGCGGCCCUCCAGGAAACAUGACAAAGCCAAAAUAACUAUUGACUCCAUCCAUGAGGUGUGUGAGGGGAAAAAGUCUGAGAUCUUCAGGCGUUAUGCAGACAACCGUUUCGACCCAAACUGCUGCUUUAGUAUUUACUACGGGGAACGUGUGAAGUCCUUGGAUCUGGUGUCCACCAACUCAGAGGAGGCCCGAACCUGGAUCACUGGACUCAAAUACCUCAUGGCUGGCAUCAGUGAUGAAGACAGUUUGGCACGGAGGCAGCGCACCCGUGAUCAAUGGUUACAGCAGACUUUUUCCGAGGCCGACAAAAAUGGAGACGGCACCUUGAGCAUUGGAGAAGUUCACCAGCUGCUCCACAAACUCAAUGUGAAUUUACCCAAGCAGAAAGUCAGGGAGAUGUUUCAAGAGGCAGACACGGACGAGAACCAGGGCUCUCUGGCCUUUGAGGAAUUCUGUUCCUUCUACAAGAUGAUUUCCACACGCAGAGACCUCUACCUGAUUAUGAUCUCCUACAGCAAUCAGAAAGAAGUCAUGGAUCUGCACGACCUUGCACGCUUCCUGGAAAAUGAACAGAAGAUGCGAGGCCUCACCAGAGAGCAUCUAGUCGACAUAGUGGCCAAGUUUGAGCCAUGUCCUGUGAACCUGCAGCGUAUGGUGCUGGGGAUUGAUGGGCUUACCAACUACAUGCGGAGCCCAGCAGGUGACAUCUUUAACCCCGAACACAACCAGGUGAACCAGGACAUGACGCAGCCUCUCUGUAACUACUUCAUUUCCACAUCACACAACACCUACCUGACAGGAGACCAGCUGCUCUCCCAGUCCCGAGUGGAGAUGUACGCCUACGUCCUGCAGGCUGGAUGCCGCUGUGUGGAGGUGGACUGCUGGGAUGGACCCGAUGGAGAGCCCAUUAUCCAUCAUGGUUACACAUUGACAUCCAAAAUUCUCUUCAAGGAUGUUGUGGAAACAAUCAACAAGUAUGCCUUCACAAAAUCACAGUACCCGGUGAUCUUGUCCAUAGAGAACCACUGCACUGUGCCUCAGCAGAAAAAGAUGGCUGAGUAUCUGAAAGAGGUGCUGCAGGAUAAACUGGACCUGACCAAUGUCAAUGCGCAUGAAUGCAAGAAGCUGCCGUCCCCUGAGAUUCUGAAAGGGAAAGUUUUAGUCAAGGGAAAGAAGCUGCCAGUAAAUCUUGAUCCUGACGCAGAAGAAGGCGAUGUGUCUGACGAAGAUACUGAGGAUGAGGAAGAGGAGGAUGAUGAUGAUGAUAACUCACAGGAUGGGGACAAUGCUACGACAACUAAUCAGCCAAAAAAGAAAAGACGAUUUGGCAGAUCAAUCAUUAGGAGCUUCAAGAGAAAGAGAAAAAAGAAAACACGUGUAAAAAACAAGUCAUUGUCUGAUGGUGAAUCGGAUUACAGCACCAGCAGGGAGAGGACACAAAUUGUUUACCAUCCCAAAAAAAGGAAAACAAUGAGGCUAUCCCGAGCGCUGUCUGACCUGGUCAAGUACACGAAAUCUGUCCGUGUGCAUGACAUAGAAACACAAGCGUAUACGAACAGUUGGCAAGUAUCGUCCCUAAAUGAGACUGUGAUGAACCAGAUCUUACAGUUGAAACCGGCUGAGUUGGUGCGUCUCAACCAGCGCCAGCUUCUGAGAGUCUACCCGUCCAACUACAGAGUGGACUCAAGUAACUUCAACCCACAGCCAUAUUGGAAUGCAGGAUGCCAUAUGGUUGCAAUGAACUACCAAACCCAAGGUCGAAUGCUUGAACUGAACCAAGCCAAAUUCUCCAGCAAUGGAAACUGUGGAUAUAUUCUCAAGCCAAAGUGCAUGUGUAAAACUGCCUUUAAUCCUGCGUUGGAGGAUCCUCUACCAGGACACAGAAAGACUCAGUUAGUGCUGAAGAUCAUCAGUGGGCAACAACUUCCGAAGCCCAAAGACUCCAUGUUUGGGGAUAGAGGAGAGAUUAUCGAUCCCUUUGUUGAAGUUGAGAUCAUCGGUCUACCUAUUGAUUGUUCCAAGCAGCAGACCAGAGUGGUGGAUGAUAAUGGUUUCAAUCCAAUGUGGGAGGAGACACUCGUCUUUAACAUUCAAAUGCCACAGAUCGCCCUGGUACGGUUCCAGGUGUGGGAUCAUGAUCCUAUUGGACGAGAUUUCAUUGGACAGAGGACUGUGGCGUUCAGAAGCAUGAUGCCAGGUUAUCGACAUGUCUACCUGGAGGGAAUGGCAGAAUCGUCCAUCUUUGUUCAUGUUGCUAUCAAUGACAUAACAGGAAAGAUCAAACCUUCGAAUGCUGUGCAAGCAGCCAAAAAACACAUCCAAAAAGCAGCCCAGAAGCAUAUGAAGGGUCCUCCGAGGCAGCCUUCUCUCGAUUCCUCCGUCCAGUCCUCAGAGGAUGGACGUGCUUGGUACUUUCGCAAGGAUCUGGACACCAUCUCUCAGGACAGCAGAAAUGGGGAAUGGUUUCCUAUGGUUCAAGGGCCAGCAGCCAAGGCUGCCUUCCACAAAGGGGCAAUGAGUGAGCCACUGAGGCGAGCACACAGAGUUAAAAUUCAUGAACCACCAGAGACAAGGAGAGGGAUCUUCAGCCGGAUGUCCUCUACAGACUCCCACUACGCUGGGGCUGCUCCCUGUGUGAUAGUGGAAAGCUUUGACCUAGAGACCUCUUCCCAGCAUUCUUGUCCUGAUGAUCCUGCUCCUUACAGCCAAAAUCCACUAAUUCAAGAGGAGUUGGAGGAGAGUGAAUUCCCAGAGUCAAACUGCGAAGAGCAGCAGACACUUCAGAAAUCAGAAACAGAGCAGCCUGAGCCAUCUGAGGAGUUACCACCAGAACCAGAACCAGAGCCAGAGCCAGAUAAGGAUGUUGCCCCUGAACCUGAGCAACCAGAAACUCAGAGUCAAACUGAUUCCCGCCCUCAGCCUCAGUCCGUGCCAUGGCCUGAAACCAAACCCCUUCCACUUAUUCCUCCACCAUCUCCUGUCAGGGUCAGACGGACUUUAGAGGCUCCUGCCACCCCCCGACCGUCCACCCCCAUACGGACAAAGGCCCGCUCCCGCAGUUGCCCUCGAAAACAGACUACUUCUCCUCAGACGCCGAUGGUAAACCACAAGCUUGACUUCCAUUGGCAGAAACAGCGGGUGAAAAACUACGGCAGCUACAGCAACCAGGUGAGACGGAUACCCAACGGUCUCUGCCUGUCGGACAGCGCCUCCAGCAGCAGUGACGGCAGCACUGACAGUCUGGAGUUUGUAGCGUCCUGUGUGUCAGCUGAGGUAGAGCAACACGAGGGAACCCUGCAGAGGGAGAUGAAGGCCCUUUUUGACCAGAAGAUGAGAGAAAUUCACUGUAAAUCACCACUUUUUCCAGAAAGUGAGCACAACUAGCAACAGUGUAAGAGGCUGCAAAAAAAUACAAGUCUGUUUUAAAAUUCUUUUUUGUUUGCUUCUUAGAUUAGACCACAAUUUAGACACCAAACACAAAGCAGUCCUGCUUUUCUGUCUAGAUAAAUGGGAAUUCAUGGAACACAAUUAUACAAUUAGGCAGUUUUUAUUAUUUUAGUCCUCCUGGAAUGUUUACAGUCAACACAGUUUUUAUGCAUAAAAUAGUUUUUAAAAAGAAAUUGCUGAAAUCACAUGAUGCCACUGCCAACUGUACAAAAUAGCAUGAUGCAGAGUUGUAAACAACAAAUAUAGAAAGUACUAAAUAUGUGAGUACUAUCUGUUAGUCUUUUUUUUUUAGUUUUCAAGUAUAAACUUGGUUUGACAAUUAUUUUUAUAAAAUUAAACUGUAAUGUUUGAUUUUUCAUUGAGAUUCUAGGGUUGGUACUUAAAACGUAAUAAAUGGUCUAUUUUAAUAAAUUGUGA